CUCCGCAACCGGUUGUAGAAGCAGGCAUAAUAACCUGCUUCAGCCUCAGUGGCUCUUGCUGACAGCUCUGGCAUUGAUCUCUCAGGACAAGUGCAAAGAAGCUUCUUCAGUUUCAAGCUGCCUCUAUGCAAAGACCAGGGAGCUAUUUUUGGGUGAGCAGCUCCUUCGCUUGAACUCGCCAAGCGUUGAACCUCCCUCUCCGUGCUCCGCCACCAUUGUCCAGGUUCUCCGGUAGCCGAUUGCCCUCUUGCUCAUGUUUCUGAUUUCUCUCACCUACUCACGAUGGACGUCAGCCCUCUGCAGGUUCGGACUCUGCCAACCGCUCCUUACGCCGACCAGAAGCCUGGAACCAGUGGGCUGCGGAAGAAGACUUACGUCUUUGAGACUAAGCAGGACUACCUUCAGAAUUUCAUCCAGAGUGUUUUCUCCUCCAUUGACCUGAGAGACCGCCAGGGCUCAACUUUGGUGAUAGGAGGAGACGGCCGCUAUCUUAAUAAAUCAGCCAUAGAGGUUAUUGUGCAAAUGGCAGCUGCGAAUGGGAUUGGCCGCCUGGUGAUUGGACAGAAUGGCGUCAUGUCCACGCCGGCCGUGUCCUGUGUCAUUAGGAAGAUCAAGGCCAUUGGUGGCAUCAUCCUCACUGCCAGCCACAACCCGGCUGGACCCAGUGGAGACUUUGGAAUCAAGUUCAACAUUUCAAAUGGAGGCCCAGCACCUGAAGCUGUAACGGAUAACAUCUUCCAGAUCAGUAAAACUCUUGAGGAGUAUGCCAUCUGUCCUGACCUCAGGGUUGACCUAUCCACUAUCGGCAAACAGAGUUUUGAUCUGGAAAACAAGUUCAAACCAUUCACAGUGGAGAUUGUGGACCCUGUGGAAUCCUACGCCAACAUGCUGAGGAACAUCUUUGACUUCUCAGUCUUGAAGGAGAUGCUGUCAGGACCCAAUCACAUCAAGAUCAGGCUGGACGCCAUGCAUGGAGUUGUGGGUCCCUAUGUGAAGAAGAUCCUAUGCGAAGAACUUGGCUCUCCUGCCAACUCGGCCAUCAACUGUGUCCCCAAGGAGGACUUCGGGGGCCACCACGCCGACCCCAACCUGACGUACGCGGCUGACCUGGUGGAGACCAUGAAGGGUGGGGAGUAUGACUUCGGAGCGGCCUUUGACGGGGACGGCGAUCGCAAUAUGAUUCUCGGGAAACACAGCUUCUUUGUCAACCCCUCCGACUCCGUUGCCGUCAUUGCGGCCAACAUCUUCAGCAUCCCCUACUUCCAGCAAACCGGGGUUAGGGGUCUGGCCCGCAGCAUGCCCACCAGUGGGGCCUUAGACAAUGUAGCUAAAGCCACCAAGAUCCAGCUGCAUGAGACACCAACGGGAUGGAAGUCCUUCGGAAAUUUGAUGGACGCUGGCAAGCUGUCCCUCUGUGGAGAAGAAAGCUUUGGUACCGGCUCCGACCACAUCCGCGAGAAGGACGGCCUGUGGACAGUCCUGGCAUGGCUGUCCAUCCUUGCAACGAGGAAGCAAAGCGUUGAGGAGAUAAUGAAAGACCACUGGCAGAAAUAUGGCCGAAACUUCUUCACUAGGUACGACUAUGAGGAAGUAGAUGCGGAUGCAGCCUAUAAGAUGAUCAGCGACCUGGAAGCCGUAAUGUCUGAUAAAUCCUUCAUUGGACAGAAGUUUUCAGUGGGGGAAAAGAUGUACCAGGUGCAGAAAGCAGACAAUUUUGAGUACAGCGACCCAGUGGAUGGAAGUGUGUCCAGAAACCAGGGCCUUCGUAUCAUCUUCACUGACGGCUCACGCAUCAUUUUUCGCCUCAGUGGAACAGGCAGUGCUGGGGCAACCAUCAGGCUUUACAUAGACAGCUAUGAAAAGGACCCCCAGAAGAUGUACCAGGACACACAGGACAUGCUUGCUCCCCUCGUGGACAUCGCUCUGAAGAUCUCUCAGCUCCACCAGAAGACAGGGUGCAGCGGACCCACGGUGGUCAUGUGAUCCCCCCGCACCCCUCCCCACUCUCAGCUCGGUGACACACACAUACGCACACACACACUGUCUCAUCCACUUCUUUGUUUUUCCGAAGCUUUCAGAAAUCUCCCUGUGGAACAAAAGAAAAAUGCAAACAUGUUAUAACAAAACACUGAAUAAAUGCUUUGCAGUGCAUUAUUGUAUCGUA